UAAUAUAGUCAUUUUUAUUCAAGUUAUUCAAGUGUGUUGUUUAUAAUUUUUUAUUAUAUUUUCUUUCGUAUACCUAUCAAAUUAGAAAAAUGUCAACGCUAUUUAGCUUUGCUAAUAUUUGGUUUGACUUGAUCAUACUUGUUACAGUAUUAUUCUCGAUUAUUUAUUAUUAUUGUACUUCGACAUUUAAUGUAUGGAAAAAUCUUAACGUGCCUUAUAUACGUCCAAUUCCUUUGUUUGGCAACUACUUGAAGGUAGCACUGGGCAUAGAGCAUCCAAUAGACUUGUACAAGAAAGUUUAUUACCAACUGGCUGGACACAAGUACGGAGGUAUGUUUCAGAUGCGUACUCCAUACUUAAUGGUGCGCGAUCCUGAAAUAAUCAACAGCAUACUAAUAAAGGAUUUUUCGUAUUUUACUGACCGUGGUAUUUAUGUGAAUUUUUCAUAUGAACCACUGUCAGAAACGCUGUUUUUUAUGGAAAACCCACUAUGGAAAAAACUCAGAAAUAAGUUGAGUCCCACUUUUACAUCUGGCAAACUUAAACAGAUGUAUAGUCAAAUCGAAGAGUGUGGCGAUAAUAUGAUGGAUAGUAUAUAUUCUGAGUUAAAGAAAAAUCCCAAUGAAAUUGAUGUACGAGAUAUUUUGGGGAAAUAUUCAACUGAUGUUAUUGGCACUUGUGCUUUUGGACUAAAGCUAAAUGUAGCAAAAGAUGAUACUUAUUCAUUUCGUAGGUUUGGAAAAAAAGCAUUUGAACCAUCUUUUAUGUAUUUUCUGAGAGAAAUAUUAUUGAUGAUAUCACCAGCUAUUCUGAAAAUUAUAAGGCUUUCUGUUUUCCCCACUAAUACAACUGAAUUUUUCGGAUCAAUAUUUAAAGAAACAAUAGAAUACAGAGAAAAAAAUAAUAUAGUGAGGAAUGAUAUUGUUCAUGCUUUAAUUCAAGCCCAUCAAGAUUUGGUUGUUAAUAACAAUUCAUCUAGCGAUGUAACAUUAACGAAAGAUCAAGUAUUGUCAAAUGCAUUUGGUUUGUUUGCUGCUGGAUUUGAAACUACAUCAACUACUCUUUCUUUUUGUUUAUAUGAGCUUGCACUGAAAAAAAACAUUCAAGACCGAGUACGCGAAGAGAUAAAAUUGACAAAAAUUAAAUGCAAUGGAGUAAUUGAUAAUGAAUUUUUGACUAAUCUCAAUUAUCUUGAUAUGGUCAUAGCAGAAACACUCAGAAAAUAUCCUGUGGUGUUUGCUUUAUUCAGAGUAGCUACAAAAUCUUAUUGCGUGCCGAACGAUUCGUUAAAAAUUGAGAAAGGACAGAAAAUUAUAAUUCCAACCUUUUCAUUGCAUUUUGAUCCUAGAUAUUUUAGUGAUCCUGAAGUAUUCAAUCCCGAAAGAUUUUCAAACGAAGAAAAGGCAAAGCGACCUAACGGCGUUUAUAUUCCAUUUGGCGAUGGACCCAGAAUUUGUAUUGGAAAACGUUUUGCUGAGAUAGAAAUGAAAUUGGCUUUAGUAGAUAUUUUAUCAAAAUUUGAAGUAGAACCUUGUGAAAAGACUGAGAUUCCUAUACAGUUUAGUAAUUUAUCACUUAUAGUGAUGCCUAGAGAUGAAAAAAUUUGGUUAAAACUAAUUCCAAUUUCUAAGUAAUAAUUUAAUUUUUACGUACAAAAUGUCAUAAAUGUAAGUAUUAAAGUAAUAUUUAAACAAUAACAAGUGUGAUGUAACUGAGUCUAAACUUAAUAUAUUUUUAUAAUUUUUAAAAUAAACAUUAUUGUCUAUUAAUGUAAGUACUAAUGUAUUAAUGUAUUAUACGUAUAAUAAUAAAAUACGGUGUUUGUAAAUAUA